AUGGCGGGUCAGGAAGACUUCACGAAGCGCAAGUUGUGGGGAGGUCGAUUUACGGGCUCCACAGACCCAUUGAUGCACGAGUUCAACCAGAGUCUCAAGUACGAUAAACGAAUGUAUGCGGCGGAUGUCAAGGGCUCUAUAGCUUUCUCCAAAGCGCUCUUGAAAGCGGGAAUACUGAACGAGAAGGAGCAAAAGGAGAUUGAGAGGGGAUUGAAAGAGGUUGAAGUGGAAUGGAAGGAGGGCAAGUUUGUCAUUCAACCAGAUGACGAAGAUAUCCAUACUGCCAACGAAAGACGACUUUCUGAGAUCAUUGGUAAAGACAUUGGAGGAAAGCUACACACUGGACGGAGUAGGAACGACCAAGUGGCUACGGAUAUGCGUAUCUGGCUCAUGGACGAGACGGCCAUCAUCGAGAGCUACCUGAAAGCCUUGCUCGAUGUUAUGGUCUCGCGAGCCGAGAAAGAGGUCGACGCUAUCCUCCCGGGUUACACUCAUCUUCAACGAGCACAACCUGUUCGAUGGUCUCAUCUCUUGCUCUCUCACGCGCAGUCCUUCCUCUCUGACCUCUCACGUCUCCGUCAACUUGUGCCGAGGAUUUCUGUCCUCCCUCUAGGCUCAGCGGCCCUGGCUGGAAACCCAUACUCGCUAGACCGAGAACUGCUUCGUCAAGAACUUGGCUUCCAAUCUAUCGGUGAGAAUUCAAUGCACGCCGUCGCGGAUCGGGACUUUGUCGUGGAAUGGAUGCAGUGGGCCAGUCUAUGUAUGAUCCACAUGAGCCGGAUGGCGGAGGACUUGAUAAUCUAUUCAAGUGCAGAAUUCGGUUUUGUUACAUUGUCCGAUGCCUACAGUACCGGCUCUUCCAUCAUGCCUCAGAAGAAGAACCCUGAUUCACUUGAACUACUCCGAGGCAAAUCUGGACGUGUGUUUGGUCAAAUGGCAGGAUUCAUGAUGAGUUUGAAGGGUGUCCCAUCGACCUACAACAAGGAUCUUCAAGAGGACAAGGAACCAUUGUUCGACUGCGUAGAUACCAUCUCAGCGGCUUUGAGGAUCGCAGAGGGGGUCGUGGCGACUUUGAACAUUCAUCCUGAGAAGAUGAAGGCUGCCUUGACGAUGGAUAUGCUGGCGACGGACAUUGCAGACUACCUUGUCCGAAAAGGGGCAAGUCGAGUCCCGUUCAGAGAAACGCAUCACAUUUCCGGUCGGGCCGUUGCACUUGCUGAAAAGACAUCUUGUCAGAUCUCUGACCUAUCCAUGGACCAGUGGAAGGAUCUCUCACCACAUUUCACAGAAGACGUGAUGCAGGUGUUCGAUUUCGAAACCAGCGUCGAGAAACGAAAUGCGAUUGGCGGACCGGCUCGUGCGACUGUCCAGCGUCAAGUCGACAUUGCUCGGCAGAGGAUCAAGGGAGAGGCGAAUCAGUGA